AUGGACAGCGCCGAGCUCCACGCCGAUCUGGACCGGUCGGCAAGCGAGGCGAAGGCGUUUUCGGAGCGCUGGAAGGGCAGGCUGGAAGACGCGGCUCGCGCCGGAACGCUCGGUGAGGCGAUCGAGGCAUUCGAGGCGCUCGAAGACCUUCUGGGACGCAUCGCCUCCUAUGCGGGGCUGCUUUACGCCACCGACACGUCCGAUGAGGCGCGGGCCAAGUUCUAUGGCGACAUCCAGCAGCAUCUGACCGAGGUAUCGACGCAUCUUCUGUUCUUCUCGCUGGAGAUGAACCGGAUCGAUGAGGCGGUGCUGGACGCGGCCUACGCGAAGAGCGACACGCUCGCCCGCUACAAGCCCUGGAUCGACGAUCUGCGGCUGGAAAAGCCCUACCAGCUCGAAGACAGGAUCGAGCAGCUCUUCCUUGAAAAAUCGGUCACGUCGUCGGCCGCCUUCCAGCGCCUUUUCGACGAGACGAUGACCGGGUUGCGCUUUGACGUGGGCGGCGAGGAACUGCCGCUCGAACCGGUGCUGACGAAGAUGCAGGAUGCCGACCGCAGCGUGCGCCGGCAGGCGUUCGAGGCGCUCGCGCAGACCUUUGGCGGCCAUGCGCGCACCUUCACUCUGAUCACCAACACGCUGGCCAAGGACAAGGACAUUUCGGACCGCUGGCGCGGCUUUGAGGAUGUCGCCGAUGCGCGCCAUCUGGCCAACCGGGUCGAACGCGAGGUGGUCGAUGCGCUGGUCGCCUCGGUGCGCGACAGUUUCCCGCGCAUCUCGCACCGCUACUACGCCAUGAAGGCGCGGUGGCUGGGCACCGACAUGAUGGAUGCCUGGGACCGCAACGCGCCCUUGCCCGACACGCCGCAGGCGGUGAUCGGCUGGAACCGCGCGCGGCAGAUCGUGCUCGAUGCCUAUGCCGGGUUCUCGCCGGACAUGGCCGGCAUCGCGCAGCGCUUCUUCGACGAGGGCUGGAUCGAUGCGCCGACCACGCCCGGCAAGUCGCCCGGCGCCUUUGCCCAUCCCACCGUGCCGUCGGCGCACCCUUACGUGCUGCUCAACUAUCAGGGCAAGCCGCGCGACGUGAUGACGCUGGCGCACGAACUGGGCCAUGGCGUGCACCAGGUGCUGGCCGCCGGGCAGGGCGCGCUGAUGGCGCAGACGCCGCUGACGCUGGCCGAGACCGCCUCGGUCUUCGGCGAGAUGCUGACCUUCCGGUCCAUGCUCGAUGCGACCGGCGAUCCCGUCGAGCGCAAGGCGAUGCUGGCGCAGAAGGCCGAGGACAUGAUCAACACGGUGAUCCGGCAGAUCGCCUUCUACAUGUUCGAGCGCAAGGUGCACGAGGCGCGGCGCGCGGGCGAACUGACCACCGCGCAGAUCGGCCAGUUCUGGCUCGAGGUGCAGGGCGAGAGCCUGGGCCCGGCGAUCCGGCUCAAUGAGGGGUACGAGCUGUUCUGGACCUAUGUCCCGCACUUCAUCCGCUCGCCCUUCUACGUCUAUGCCUAUGCGUUCGGCGAUUGCCUGGUGAACUCGCUCUAUGCGGUCUACCAGAACGCGCAAAGCGGCUUUCAGGAGGCCUAUUUCGACAUGCUGCGGGCCGGCGGCUCCAAGCGGCAUGGCGAAUUGCUGGCGCCGUUCGGGCUCGAUGCGUCCGAUCCGGGGUUCUGGGCCAAGGGGCUCGGCGUGAUCGAGGGCAUCAUCGACGAGUUGGAGGCGUUCACCAUCGGGCUCAGACCGCUGACCGAUCCCGCCGCCUGGCUCGCGCCGGACACGCGCCUUGCCGCCAAUCUGGCCGAAAAGGACGCGCUGAUCGCGGCGCGGCGCGGCGAUGUGUUCCGGGCGCGCGACGACACGCUGGCCGCCCAGACCGAGGCGCUGCGCCUUCUCGCCGGUCACCUGCCGGCCGCCUUCCCCGACGUCUAUCGGCGGGACGGGGCGGAUGUCGCGAUCGGCGAUACGGACAAGCCCGUGCGGAUCGACGAACACGAUCCGGCACCGCUUUUGACCGCCUCGCGGCUUGUCGCCGACGAUCUGGUCUUGAUGCGCAAGCAUGACGAUGGCUGGCGGCUGGUUGCGGCAAGCCUGUGCUUUCCGUCCUACUGGUCCCUCGCCGAGAAAUUCGACCGGCCGCUGGCGGCGAUUCAUGCGCCGGUGCCCGGUUUCGCCGCCGGCACGCGCAACGCGGCGCUGAUCGAGCGCAUGUUCGACAAUCUCAAGCCGGGCACCGUCGUCGGACGGUCCAACUGGUCGGUGCACGACAAUGGCGGCCUGUUUCGCCCGCAGCCGCACCCGUCGCACCUGUUCGCCGGCGAGGACGACAUGGCGACGUUGGCGAAAAUGCAUCUGCGCAGCGAGGACCAGACGCUGCGCAAGCUGCCGGAGACGGGCGACAUGCUGUUCACGAUCCGCGUCGCGACCGAUCCGAUGGCCGGCAUUUUCGACCAUGAAGGGCUGGCCGCGUCGCUCGCCGCGCGCUUGCGGGCGCUGGGCGCCGCCGAGCGCGACUAUAAGGGGCUGCAGUCCGGGCGCGAUCUUCUGGCCGAUUGGUUUCUGGCGGUGGCAGCAGGCGCGGUGGCGUUGGCCGGCUGCACGAUUGCAGCGCCCGGCGGCGGCGGCAGCGUGCGGGCGCCGUCAAGCGCCGGCAUCAUCGAUGGCGCAUGGGGCGAUACGGGCGGCGUCGCAACGGCAAGCCUGACAAACGGGCGCUUCGUCAGCGUCGCCAACGACACCGGCAACCGUGUCGCGGAAGGCACCUAUGUCUACACCAGCCGCGAAUCGGUCGCGCUCGACUAUUUCUCGCUUCUGCGGCAGACGCGCAUCCGCGCCAACUGCGUGCUUGCGAACCCGACGACGCUGAACUGCACCAACGCGCGCGCCGGCCCGCAUUCGGGCUGCGCAAUCGGGUUCGUUUUGGUUCGGCAUCGGCGCCGAAAGCCGUUGACGCGCCCGUCAAAUGGCUGUCACAUAGCUUUCGGACAAGCCGUGGCGGUGCGCCUCGGCGCGGUAGUAUGCAGACGGGAGGACCCCAUGAAAAAGACGGCGAUGCUGAUGGCGCUGAGCGUAUCGGCGGUGGCUUUGAACACCGGCAGCGCGGCGGCGGAUUACACGCUCGACAUCCUUCACAUCAACGAUCUGCACUCGCGCAUCGAGCCGAUCAACCGUUUCGAUUCCACCUGCAGCGCCGAUGACGAAGCCGAAGGCAAGUGCUUUGGCGGGGUCGCGCGGGUGAAAGCCAAGAUCGACGAGCGCCGUGCCGCGCUGACCGACGAGGGCGGCAACGUGCUGGUGCUCGACGCGGGCGACCAGUUCCAGGGCUCGCUGUUCUACACCACCUACAAGGGUGAGGCGGCUGUCGAGUUCAUGAACGGCAUCGGGUUCGAUGCGAUGGCCGUCGGCAAUCACGAGUUCGACGACGGGCCCGAGGCGCUCAAGACGUUCAUCGAAGCGGCCGAGUUCCCGGUGAUCUCCGGCAACACGCUCGCCGGCGCGAGUUCGCCGCUCGCCGACAUGAUCGACGGCUACAUCAUCAAGGAAGUCGGCGGCGAGAAGAUCGGCAUCGUCUCGGUGCUGGCCACCGAUACCGACGAGACAUCGUCACCCGGCCCGACGAUCCUUUUGAUCGAGGAAACGGGCUAUCUUGAGGGCGCGGUCGCCGAACUGGAGGCCGAAGGCGUCAACAAGAUCAUCCUUCUGUCCCAUGUCGGCCUGCCGCGCGACAAGGAGAUCGCCGCGGCGGUCGACGGGAUCGACGUGAUCGUCGGCGGGCAUUCGCACACGCUCCUGUCGAACACGGACGAGAAUGCGGCCGACACCUAUCCGGUGAUGGUGCAGAACCCGUCCGGUCAGGAUGUGCCGAUCGUCCAGGCCUAUGCCUAUUCGAAGUAUCUGGGCGAGUUGCGCGUCGUCUUCGACGACGAGGGCAAUGUGGUUUCCGCCGAGGGUGAGCCGCAUCUGCUCGAUGCCUCGGUCACCCCGGACGAAGCGUUCGUCGCGCGUGUCGCCGAACUGGGCGGCCCGAUCGAGGAACUCAAGGCCCGUCCGGUCGGCGAAACGACCGAUGCGAUCGAGGGCAGCCGCGAAGUCUGCCGCGCGAUGGAAUGCGCGAUGGGCAAUCUGGUGGCCGACGCGAUGCUCGACCGGGUGCGCGACCAGGGCAUCCAGAUCGCCAUACAGAAUGGCGGCGGCCUGCGCGCGUCGAUCGAUUCGGGCGAAAUCACGAUGGGCGAGGUGCUCACCGUGCUGCCGUUCCAGAACACGCUUGCGACGUUCCAGCUUUCCGGCGCCGACAUCAUCGCCGCGCUCGAAAACGGCGUCGGCCAGAUCGAGGAAGGCGCGGGACGGUUCCCGCAGGUUGCGGGCCUGAGCUAUGUGUUCGACGUCAGUGCCGAGCCGGGCAGCCGCAUCUCCGACGUGAUGGUGAUCGACGCGGACGGCAACGCGACGCCGCUCGACGAGGGCGCCACCUACGGCGUCGUCUCCAACAACUUCAUGCGCAAGGGCGGCGACGGUUAUGCCAUGUUCGCCUCCAAUGCGAUGAACGCCUACGAUUUCGGCCCCGGCCUCGAACAGGUCGUCGCCGACUAUCUGGCCGAGAAUGCGCCCUAUUCGCCCUAUACGGACGGCCGCAUCAUGGCCGCCGCCGAUAUGGGUGAAGCGAUGGAAGGCGAUGCGGAGGAAGCGCCGGCCGAGGAGAUGGCCGCCGAGGAAACCGAAGUGGUGCCUCCCGAAACGGCGCUGGCCGCCGAAACGCUGUCGAGCGAAGGCCCGGUGAUCGAGACCGAGGAAGCGCCCGCCGAGGAGAUGGCUGCCGAGGAAACCGAGGUGGUUCCGCCUGAAACGGCGCUCGCCGCCGAAACGCUGUCUUCGGAAGGGCCGAUGAUCGAGACCGAGGAGGCGCCCGCCGAGGAGAUGGCUGCCGAGGAAAUGGCUGCCGAGGAAGACGCCACCGAAGAGGUUGCCGUCGUUCCGCCGCCGACCGCGCUUUCGGCCGAAACACUUUCAAGCGAAGGGCCGAUGGUGGAAGCCGAGCAGGAGACCUACGUCAUCCAGAGCGGCGACACGCUGUGGGAACUGGCCCGCGAGUUCUACGGCGAUGCCGAGAUGUGGCCAAAGCUUGCGGACGCCAAUCCGGAACUGGUGGCCGAGGGCCUGGAGAUCGGUACCGAGAUCGUCGUCCCCGCGCCCUGA